AUGACUAUUCCUAUAAUUGACUUGAAUUUGAUAGAGCACGAAGAUCAAUUAAUACCGAUAAUAGACAAAGUAUUGAACUAUUCCAAUUGUUUCCUAUUGCAAAAUUACGCUAAUCAAGAAACCAUUGAAGACGAUGUAUUAAAAUUGACACGGCAAAACCCCCCCAGUAUUAGAAACAGCGAUGCUCUAACGAGUAAUACGAAGAACCAUCAAUUUUUUCAAACACAAAACCCAGAUAAUACAUAUGUUAUUGAAAACUGGGUAUUUAACAAUAAUACUAGUGAUCCUUGUUUGUUUUUAAAAGAUCAUCCUCAUUUAUAUGAUUUGUUUUGUAAAUUGAAUAAAUUGGCACAAUAUUUUUAUAAGUUAUGUUCAAAUAAAGUAUUGGCAUCGGCAUCGGCAUAUCAAUGUGGUAAAGACAAUAGAACCAGUAACCUUAUCACCAAUACAUCCAUUCAAAGCAUCCAAUUACAAAGAUAUUUUGAAAAUUUGUCUCAAAAGUCAGAUCACGCGUAUCAAAUUGAUUAUAAUUAUCUCUGGAGUUUUUUUACUCUAAUCCCACAAGCUGUCGAUAUACAAUGUGAAAAUAUAAUGAAUGGAAGAUGGGUUAGCAUAAAUAAGCCAGAUUGUAUUUUUGUUCACAUAAACACCUCAUAUUUUAAAAUUGAUAGCAUCAAUAAUAACACUACACCGUUUAAAUAUAGAGUUAAAUCACAUGUAAUAAAAUUAUCAUUAUCAAGCGAAUUGAUCUUGCAAAAUGAUACCAAUCAUUAUAACUCCAAAUAUCUGAAUUAUUUGUAUAAAAUAGCACCCUACUACGUGGCCAGUGCCUACCCUUUAUUUUAUACCGCCACACAAUUUGCAGAUCAAAAACAGCAGUUAUCAAUUUUUUUGAAAAAAUUAGAUUCAAUGUUAUUAUUUGAGAAAUUUAGUUCCACCUCAAAAUCAUCAUUACUAAUCAAUUUUAAUGUGUCAAUAUUACCUAAAUUCACCAAAAAUGAUAAAGAAGCAACAAAAUAUGUUAUUUAUUUAAAGCAACUGUUGUAUCUUUGGAAUGAGGUUUAUAAUAACCAAGUUUAUAUUAAUGAUGAUACUGGCGAUAUUUUGAUUGAUAUCAAUGGGGUUGCAAAUUUGUCAAACCCUAAAUUUAGACUAGCUAUAUUCAAUGAAAAAUUUGAAUGUUUUAUUAACCACCAACAGUCUUCUCAACAACAUCAAUCAGAUAAAUGCUUGCCCCAUCACACUUUGGAAAUUGUAACCAUACCCGAAUUUGUUAUAAACAAACGGUUUCGCAAUUACAGUAACAGUGGUAACGAUGAUAGCAAUAGACCAAUGAAAAGGAAAAAAAAUGGUUUUAGUACUGGCGCCUCAGCUUAUCUUUGCAACUCCAUUACUUCAAUGAAUUUUAAAAUGAUGAAACAUAAUGCCAAUAACAAAGGUAUUUUCGAUUCUGAUAAUAGUCUUACUAGUGAUACAUUGGUUAGCAAUAUUAAAAGGAAGGAAUUGGAAAAAAUUGCCAGACUGGAUUAUGAAUUGAAUAGAAGAUUAGAAAAUGAAAAGAAAUUAUUAUUAACAAAAUGUAAACAAAUUUUGCAUAUAUUAAUUAGCUUGAAACCGCAACAGCCUUAUACAAUAACAUAUUUAAUAAGUUUAGUAAUUGACUCUUUGGGUUAUAGUAGAAUCAAUGAGGAUGAAAUAAGGGCUGUAUUAGAUGAAUUGGUUUCCAAAAACAUAAUUAAGGAAAUUAUAAUAAACGGGAAUCCAUCUUCUAAUAACAAGCAGAUUUUAAAAGUAUAUCGUUGGCACAAACUAGAUAAACAAUUAAUUGAUAAAAAACUAGUAUUAUAA